AUGAAUCCUCUGAAAUGUGCCUUUGGUGUCUCCUCCGGAAAGUUUCCAGGAUUUCUGGUCACUGCAGAAGGAAUCAAAGUCGAUCCAGAUAAAACGAAGGCCAUUACUACCAUGCCUCCUCCAUGCACUGUGAAAGAACUUCAGAGUUUUAUGGGCAAGCCAGACUUGAUAGGGAGACCAUCAAAGUGGUUACUUCAGAUGUCAGAAUUCGACAUAGCUUGUGUACCACCUAGAGCAAUCAAAGGCCAAGCAGUUUCCGACUUACUUGCUGCUUUCCCAGGAGAAAACACGACAACGUUACAUGAAGACUUACCUGGAGCGGAGAAAAAAAUCACGGUGCAAAGGCGUACUGUGUUAUCUACCUGGCUUGCUCAAGUCGAAGAUAUUCAAGCAAACGAUUGGCGGGAAACUAUUAUUCAUGAAUUGAGCAAUUCUCUUUCAGAAGGGAAAGUCGGCCUCGAGGAACUAAAGAAUUAUUUCUUGCUUCAUGGAGCAUUAUACUAUCGGAAUCCUGAUGGGUCUUUAUCACGAUGCCUCGGGAAGGACGAAGCGGGCGAGCAACUCAAACGCAUACAUGAAGAGAUCUGCGGAAAGACGUUGGUGGAUAUCAGCGGGAAAAUCAAUCCAGCAUCUUCGAAGCAGCACGAAUACAUCAUCACCGCGACUGAGUAUUUCACCAAGUGGGUUGAAGCUAUUUAUCUUCGAAGUACUACUGGAGUCACAAUUGCAGCCUUCAUCAAAGAAUACAUAAUAUGCAUAUUCGGUGUUCCCAAACAGAUAGUCAUCGAUAAUGGAACUCUUUUUGCCAAAAAACAUGUGACAGAAUUGCUUGAGGAAUACGACAUCAAACAAGUUUUCUCCACACCGUAUUAUCCUCAAGAAAAUGGACAAGCAGAGAGCAUCAACAAAACUUUGAUAUGGAUUCUUAGUCGAACAAUUCAUGAUAAUCCUCGAACGUGGCAUGAAAAAUUGCCUAUGGCUUUGUAG